AUGGUUUCCUUCUCAUCUCUCUCCGUGCAGCUGGAGCGGCACCUGCAGACAUUGGCUGUGAUUCUAUGGAUCUUGAGUUUCCUAGUCUUGAGCCAGGUCUGCACAGUGAUCUUUGUUAGCCUCUUCUUCACCCGCUUUUGGCUCCUCAGCGUCCUAUACUCAGCCUGGUGGUACCUGGAUAGAGAUACCCCAAGGAAAGGUGGGAGGCAAUCCAAGACCACGAAGCAAUGGCGCAUAUGGAAGUACAUGGCAGACUACUUUCCCAUCUCGCUCAUCAAGACAGCAGAAUUGGACCCAACCCGGAACUACAUUGCUGGCUUCCACCCUCAUGGUGUUCUGGCUAUUGGAGCCUUCACCAACUUCUGUACUGAGGGCACCAAUUUUUCUUCUGUGUUUCCUGGGAUACGUUCCCACCUGAUGAUGUUGACUUUUUGGUUACAGCUUCCUUUCUUCAGAGACUAUAUCAUGAAGGGAGGGCUGGUAUCAUCAGACAAGGAGUGUGUCUCACACCUCAUGAGCAAAGAGGAGGGAGGAAACUUGCUGGUAAUUACAGUGGGAGGGGCCAAGGAGACCCUGGAUGCCCAUCCUGGAGACUAUACAUUGCUACUGAAGAAUCGGAAAGGAUUUGUUAAACUUGCCUUGAUUCAUGGGGCAUCUCUGCUGCCUAUAUUCUCUUUUGGGGAGAAUGAAAUCUUUGACCAACUAAACAAUAGCCAGGGGUCCUGGCUCCGAUCGAUCCAGGACAGACUCCAGAAGAUCAUGGGCUUCCCCCUCCCAAUCUUCCAUGGCCAAGGGAUCUUCCAGGACAGAUUUGGCCUGCUGCCCUAUCGCCAUCCUAUCACCACUGUGGUGGGGAAGCCAAUUGAGGUGGAACAAAAUACCAACCCAACCCAAGAAGAAGUGGACCGUCUGCACCAGCGUUACAUGACAGAACUGUGCAGCCUUUUUGAAGCCCACAAGACCAAAUAUAACGUCCCCCCAGAGCAGCACCUGAAGUUCCGAUGA